AUGAUCAUCCCCAUCCGCUGCUUCUCCUGCGGCAAGGUCGUUGGCGACUUGUGGGAGCGGUAUCUCGAAGCCAUCGACAGUGGCAAGAGUGAUGCGGACGCCAUCGACGACCUAAACCUCCAGCGCUACUGCUGCCGCCGCAUGAUCCUCACCCACGUUGAUCUCAUCGAGAAACUUCUCAAGUACGUCCCUUGCGCAGAGCGCAUGGUCAGCCCCCGCGAGCUUCGCAAAGAGCGAGAGCGACGCAACCCCGACCACUUGUGA